AUGGAUGACCGUCAUCGUGAGCCUGAGGAUGGCCAUCCUUUCAUGUUGGUUGUCCUUCUUGUUGUUCCAGUUGCUGUCCUCCUUGGUGUUGUUGGAUCAGUGCGCACUCCAAUCUCGCCCAGACAUGCACUAAACGCGCAAUUGGAAGUUGGAUGUUUUCUAGGCGUGGCCUGUGUGACGGCCGUGUGGCGCUCGUUGUCGAUAUCCAAAGGAUCGUCGCCUUCACUCCACAGCUUCUGUCUCCACCACCACUCCCGUCCACCACGCCUCCACUAUGCCUCUCUGGACUUCCACUGCCGACACUUGCAAACUCGAACUCUCGAUCCCUCCACCACUCACAUUUCCAAAUCCCUAGUCUGUCUCACCCGCGCCAGGAUGCACUUCCCCUGCCCAGACUCCCUCUCUUCCACCCAGUCUUCCUGCACUCGGGCUCAUGCCCCGUUGUCCUUCUUAACCUGCCGCUCAAGAUCAACUCUUUCCUGCUUUUGUUCCUGUGCUCUGGCUCUGUCUUCUCCAUCUCUUAUCACAUCCAUCCUCAUGUUUCCAACUUAUGAUUGCCCCCAGCAUGCUGAGACGGUCGGUAUGCGGAAGGCCAGAAUGGCCAGGGACAGGGACGGUGCUGUGGGUCGACGACGAAAGUCGACAAGCAGCACUUCAGACAAUCGCAACAAACUUCAUCACACGCCUACUCUGAAUUCAGAUUCCGCUUCUAUAUACACCACUCGUUCGAAGGGUGCCUCGACGAAAAGUUCGUCUGGUUUUGGGUUUUGGAAGAAAAAGGACAGGGAUGUUACUGAGAUACUCGACGUCCCCAUGAUGAAGAAGGACAACAAGACCACCGACAUCAAGACGACUGAAAUCACCCUUUCCACUGCUACUCCCAAAUCACCGCCGGUACUCUCGCCAGUUCCUUCGUCACGUAUACGACCACAAACUUCGCAUGCUCCAUCGGUGCCGUCAACAUCUCCGCCAUCACUCACGUCCGUCUCGCAAAGCACCUUGGCCUCUGCUGACAUUGCCCAUGAUUCACUGGACACUCCACCACCGCUACCAAGGACAGCAUGGCAAGAGGCUCCCGCAACUCCACCACCCUCGCGGGGUCUUCCAUCCCUUCCUCCGCCACAGCCCGUUCCGACCUGCCAGCUCCCCCCUCUUCCAAGCUAUAUACCACCACCGCCGACUCAGCCUCUCCCACAGCCUCUCCGUUCCAAGCCUUCGCUCAAGUCCCUUCGCCAGCUACCCUCCCGGGUCAACUCGACCUACUCCAGUGAUUCAAGAGCAGCAUCAUCGAUGCGCUCUUCAGCCAUGUCCGACGGCCGGAGCAUCUUCACGUCGUCCCACCACCCAAGCGCCGACGUCAUAUCCGAAGUGACCGACUACGACCAGAUGUCUUCCCUGAACUGCCGUCCGACUCACCCCCAAUACCGCGGUCUGUCACCACUGUCUUCUCCUGUAGAAUCCAGCCACCCACGGCACUCGCAAGGUCCCCCUUCGCACCCCGAAAGCACACGCUCAGCAUCCCGCAUGACCGAGCGCAGUGGCCCGCCCCUAGCCCCUUUCGCGCGUGCCCUUGCAAAGAUGGAGAAUGCCGGCCCACGCAUCAUCGCCGCCCGCCUCGCUGAGGAAUGGGAAGGUCUGGACGACGAUGACGACUCCUACGCCGAAGUUCAGUUCGAGAAGCGGCUAUGGGCUCUCACCGCAUACCAAUGGCUAACCCAGGGAAAACAGCUGCAAUCGCCCACCCACGAGCUCCUCCUCCAUGCUGUGCCUUCUCAGGGGAAACGCAUACUGCACCUCCACGGUAGCCUGGCCGACGGCUGGACUCUCGCCGCCCGUUACCCAGCCUGCACUGUCUAUUCUGUAUCUUCCACAAACACCUCCGUGCUGCCUACCACGUACCCGGCGCCGCUCAACCACCACUCCCUCUACGUCCCGUCCGUCGCCUCCCCACUCCCCUUCCCCGACUGCUACUUUGACGCCGUGCUCUCGCGCUCGCUCGCCUCGUCGCUGGACAACAUCGACUGCGCCCGCGUCUUCCACGACUGCACGCGUGUGCUCAAGCCCGGCGCCCGCUUCGAGAUCCUCUCCCUCGACCCCUACUUCAACCGCCAGGGCCCUGCCCUGCGCGCCUGGGCCGACACCCACCUCGUCGCCCGUCUCGAGGCGCACGGCAAGUCCAUGAUGCCGUCCGACACUGUCGUCGACACCAUGGGCAUCGUCGGCCUGCAUGACGUCAAGCGCGUGCGCAUCGCCCUGCCCGCCCACCUGGCCGACGCCCCUGAGAGCACUCGUCUGCUCACUCUCCUUGGCCGCCACAUGGUGCAGGACUUGUACGGCCGCUUUCUGCGCGUCUAUGCCGGCGAGCAGUGGUUCUGGAACGUGCCUGGUGGCGAGAUCGAGAGGGAGUGCGAGCGCCUGCAGACGAAGAUGGUAUUGACUAUUAGCUGUGGCACGAAGGAGACCGCGACCCCUGAUGACUUCCGCUUUAGGGGCAUGGACUCGUAA